AACCGUAACUUUAUAAUUCAAGGUGUAAGAAUGGGCGGAUUGGUGAAAAAGAGAAACCGGGGAGAAUACGAGGUCGUGGAUGAAGAUAUUCAGUUCUCCAAGAGACCCCGGAUACUGGAGCAGAAGAGUACCAGGAAAACAAGGAGAAACUCUUACGAGAGUUCGGAUGAGUCCAGCUCAGACAGCGGUGACGCCUUCAGCUGUAGACCGGCAAAGAGUAUUCAAGCGGACAGGGAAAUCAGCUUUAACAUUAGAAACGUCCAGAAUAACGAUUCGCCGAAAAGCGUUCAAAUGUCAAAACCAGUUAAGGAAGUUCAGAAUACAAUUCAACCAGAGAUAAAACCCGUCAGUCAUGAUCAGCUGGAAGAGGAGGUGGACGAUCGGCCAGUAAAUCGUCGUUCGCCAAAUGGUUUUUUGUUGCCAGAUCCACUGCCGAAAGGAGAGCUUCUUGCAGAUUCUCAAAAGCAGGAAUGGGUCCUCGGUAAAGCUAUAGGGGUUGGAGGGUUUGGAGAACUAUAUCUUGCUUCCUCGAAACAAAAUGGAAAACUCUCGCAGGAAAAUUUUGUGAUAAAGAUUGAACCCUUGAGUAAUGGUCCUCUCUUCGUUGAAGUACAUUUCUAUAUCCGGGCGACUAAACCGGUUCAGUUGGACCAGUUUAGGAGAGAUAACAAUAUCAAACAUCUGGGAGUUCCACGGUAUAUAGCAAGCGGAACACAUGUUAGGUUAGGACAGACAUACAGGUUCCUUGUUAUAGAAAGGUUUGGAUCCGACCUACAACGUAUACUUGACCUCUCAGAGGGUGGCAGGUUUAACGCUAAGACAGUUUGUGAGAUUAGUCUGCAGGUGCUGGACUCUCUGAAGUACAUACAUCACCAGGGUUAUGUACACAAGGAUGUAAAGGCGUCGAAUUUACUGGUUGGACUUGGAGUUAAUGGCCAACACAAAGUACAUCUGGUGGACUAUGGUCUCUCCAGUAGGUUUACAGCGGGAGGAAUACACAAACAGUAUCAACAUGAUCUCAGAUGGGCACAUGAAGGAACCCUGGAGUACACCAGUCGAGACUCUCAUAUCGGAUGCUCCAGUAGGAGGGGAGAUAUAGAGGUUCUUGUAUACAACCUCGUAGAAUGGUUUGGUGGCAGUUUACCCUGGGAUCGGGAGUUCGCUACCCCUGAAAUGGCAAAAACGGCAAAGUUUAGAGCUUUUCAAAACCCUCAGGAGUUUCUCAGGCAUUGUUUCCGGCAGGAUGGUGGAGAAUAUCCAACCCUGCUCCUCCGUUUCAUGAACUAUAUUGGAAACUUGAGGUUUGAACAGGAACCAAACUAUAACUUCCUCAGAACCCUGGUGCUCCAGGAGAUGAAAACCCAAGGGUUAGUACAGGACGGACGCCUCGAGUUUAAACUAGGAUCUCCGCCACCCUUAUUGGAGCCCGAGGCGGAAAAUAUAUAUCUACGACCUCCGCCCCCGGAAUCCAGAGUCUCAGCUGUCUUUGAUCGGCUCUGUGUAAGCGCACAGAGUUGGGAGCGUGCACGAGAACAGAUUUGGGCGCGUCGUGACAAUGAGAGCUUAAACAACCCUACUCAGGCAAUGUUGGAUAUCCUAAGUAUGAUCAAGAAAAGGGAGAAGGCCAAGGAAGAGAAAGGAAAACCAAGGAAAAGACAAAAAAGUGGGAACUACGCUAUUGGUGAAAUCACAGAAAACACGCCCGCCAUGUUGGAAGUCCUACGUAUCCUUAAGAAACGAAACUUUGAACCGGCGGAGGUCGAUGCUUCAUCAGCCUCGCUGCUUCCUCGUUCUGUCCUCCGGGCCUCUCCGAUACCGUCAGAGAUUGUCGAAUCCGCAACCUCAAGUUUUCUGUCUCCGGAUAAAUCUCGAGGCCGGAUCCGACCCAUGGAGUUGAUGAGGCUGGAUCCGUUCCUUGCUGAUCCAGACUCUGCGACCAGGAGGAAAACAAGAAGUGCAGAUAUAUCUGAGCAAGAGCUUGCAAGAAACCUAAGAUCAGGAUUUAGAUUCAAGUUUGGACUCGGGAAUAUGCGCUCUAUCAUCCGACAAGUCUCAGAUUCAUUCACAAAUAUGUUCUAGCUCUUCAUCCUUCAUCCAUCUUGGUUCAUUCAUCUUUCAUCCAUCUUGGUUUAUUCAUCCUUUAUCCUUCUUGGUUUAUCAUUCAUGCAUACUGGUUUAUUCACCCCACAUCCAUCCAGGUUAUUCAUUCUUCUUGGUUUAUUCAUUCUUCUUGGUUUAUUCAUUCUUCUUGGUUUAUUCAUCCUUAUCCUGUUCAACCCUGAUUCAAAAUUAUUCCAUAAACUAUUUCUGUAAUCGGUCCUAAACUGAAAACUUUUGAAAGAACGGAAUGAGUUGAGCUAAUUCUCUCUUGGCGG